AUGUCCCAGCCGUGCGACAAUGCGUUUCUGCAGCAGUCGCUUGGGCUGGGCCAUGAGAGUCGGCCGCCACGCAAGCCGGUCUUUGGGAGUGAUCGGCCGCUGACGUUUCCGUCGCCGCCACGCGCAGCGCCGGGUGAGGAGGACUCGUUGGCGUAUGCGCGGCACGAGUCUGCCGAGCGCCUCCGACUCAAGUGGGAGAGUAUUUAUGAGCGAUUCCAGCAUGCGCAUCUGGAGGACCAGGACGAGAUAUAUCUCGGCAGGGCCGAUGAUAAGAUCCGCCUGAUCAAGGACCGCGGCUCGCUGCGUGCGCUUCACAAGCAAUUGCGGUUCGGCUCGUUUAUGAGUGAGCAAGAGCGGGAGGCGCUGUCGAUGGACUGGAUCGAGGCGGAGGAGCGACCGCCGCCGCCGCCACCGCCACCGGCCCUGUCCGAUCCCGACGUCGCCUGGGAGCUCGACAUUUACCGCUCUGUCAAGCGCGACGCGAUCGACUCGCUUCUGCGCACCAAUACGCUCGGACGAGCUCCGCUGCCCUAUUCGAUACCCGGCUUAGCCUCGCUUCUACAUACGCAUGAAUGA